GUCUAGGAUGGCAAGUCUCAAGAAUCAGCUGAUUCUGAAUAUUCUUAAGGAGGAUCAGGUCCCCCAGAAUAAGAUUACAGUUGUUGGGGUUGGUGCUGUUGGCCUGGCCUAUGCCAUCAGUAUCUUAAUAAAGGACUUGGCAGAUGAACUUGCUCUUGUUGAUGUCAUGGAAGACAAACUGAAGGGAAAGAUGAUGGAUCGCCAACAUGGCAGUCUUUUUCUUAGAACACAAAAGAUUGUCUCUGGCAAAGACUACAGUUCCAGUGGAUAUCUUGACCUAUGUGGCUUUCCCAAAAAACGUGUUAUUGGAAGUGGUUGCAAUCUGGAUUCAGCCCUGGGGAGGCUGAUGGGGGAAAGGCUGGGAUUUCACCCAUUAAACUGUCAUGGAUGGGUCCUUGGGGAGCAUGGAGACUCUAGUGUGCCUGUAUGGAGUGGAGUGAAUGUUGCUGGUGUCUCCCUGAAGAAUCUGCACCCAGAUUUAGGCACUGAUGCAGAUAAGGAACAGUGGAAAGUGGUUCAUAAACAGGUGGUUGACAGUGCUUAUGAGGUGAUCAAACUGAGAGGCUGUUCAUCCUGGGUCAUUGGACUGUCUGUGGCAGAUUUGGCAGAAAGUAUAAUGAAGAAUCUUAGGAGGGUGCAUCCAGUUUCCACCAUGAUUAAUGGUCUCUAUGGAAUACAGGAAGAUGUCUUCCUUAGUGUUCCUUGUAGCUUGGGACAAAAUGGAAUGUCAGAUGUUGUGAAGAUGACUCUGACUCCUGAGGAAGAGGCUUGUUUGAAGAAGAGUACAGAUACACUUUGGGGGAUCCAAAAAGAGGAGCAAUUUUAA